UUCGCUGUUCUGUAGAUAGGGGCAGAGUUUUGGUGUAUGUGUGAGUGGGAGAUGGACCGAGGGCGCUCUACUGACUAGAGCAGAGGCGAAGAGCGAGUCCAAUAGCCAGAGAUAUUGAAAUAAUAUACGCGAUCGGGUCGUCGAUAGCCCACUCCAAAUACAAACUAAGUCGCCCAUCUUUCACAUCUACUUCACACACACUAACACGGCAUUGAUGGUAAUGUAUGCAAGGAAACAACCAAGACUCGGCGAUGGGUGCACCGACCGAAGGGAUUCUCAGCCCUAUCAGACUCUUAAGUACUCAUCCAAGAGUCACCCUGAUCACCGACAUGAGAAGAUGCGUGACAGUAACGACGCCACUCCACCGUGCAAGAUGCUGCGGCGAUCAGACAGUCCAGAAAACAAACACAUGGAUAGCACCGGCCAUGGCAGAGCAAAAGCCAUCCAUCCACACCGGGGGAGAGACAGAGAAGGAGGGACCAGUAUAUCCCCUCAAGAGAACUCCCAUAACCACAGCUCUCUGCACAGCUCCAACUCUCAUUCAAAUCCCAACAAAUCAUCAGACACGCCAUAUGAGCCGGCAGAUGAUUGGUCUGAACACAUCAGUUCUUCAGGGAAGAAGUACUACUACAACUGCAGGACGGAGGUGUCUCAGUGGGAGAAACCCAAAGAGUGGCUGGAGAGAGAGCAAAGGCAGAAGGAGGCAACCAAGAUGGCUGCAGUUGUCAACAGUUUCCCUAAAGACAGGGACUACAGGCGUGAAGCCAUGCAGGCUACGCCCACCAGCUUCUCCAGCACUAAGUCUUCAAUUGCCACAGAAAAGCCUUCCUCACUCACACCAUCCUCUUCCUCUGCUGCUGUGUCUGGCUUAAGCGUGGCCAACUCAGCCAGUGGUGCCUCUGGCUCUACAGUCCCAGUUUCUCCAGUGAUGCAGUCGCCGGCUCCGCCCACUCUUCUCCAAGACCCCUCCCUCUUACGUCAGCUCCUCCCCGCUCUGCAAACGGCCCUGCAGCUUAACAACGCCAGUGUAGACAUGGCCAAGAUCAAUGAAGUUCUCACGGCUGCAGUAACUCAGGCUUCGCUGCAGUCCAUGCUCCAUAAGAUCCUGACUGCUGGUCCAUCUGCCUUCAACAUCACAACUCUGCUCUCCCAGGCUACUCAACUGUCCAGCCAAGUAGCCCAGCAGUCCAGCCAGUCUCCGAUGUCUCUGACAUCAGACGCUUCCUCUCCUCGGUCAUACGUGUCUCCUAGAAUCAGCACGCCACAGACCAACACAGCCUCCCUCAAACCGCCCCUCAGCACCACGCCAGUCUCCUCACAGACCAAGAUGAACGCUUUGACAGUUAAGUCCAGUUCUCUCCCUCCACCGUCGUCCCAGCAGUCCCUUUCCACAGACAAACAUCACGACAAUGGCAACUCUCCACGGACGCUGCAGAGACAGAGCAGUCAGAGAAGUCCGUCUCCAGGUCCAAACCACAUGGGCAGUAACAGCAGCACUAAUAAUGGUGGUGGUGGUGGUCAAGGACCAGGUGUAGUCAGCGGAGCAAUGACCCCUGGUUCAGUACCUGCCGGCACAGCUCCAGGCAGAGCAACAUGUUCCUUUACACCCACACUGGCCGCACACUUCAAUGAGAACCUCAUCAAACAUGUGCAAGGGUGGCCCGCAGAGCACGUGGAGAAACAGGCCUCGCGGUUACGUGAGGAGGCUCACACCAUGGGCAGCAUCUACAUGUCAGAGAACUGCACAGAGCUGAAGAACCUUCGCUCACUGGUGCGAGUGUGCGAGAUCCAGGCCACAUUGCGGGAACAGAGGAUACUGUUUUUGAGACAACAAAUUAAAGAACUUGAAAAGUUGAAGAAUCAAAAUUCCUUCAUGGUUUGAGGAACUCUUGGUUUGCAAUGUGGUCUUGAAACAGGAGGAGAGAAGUGUAGGUGAAUGAGUGGGCAAAACCCAUUUCAUGCGCGCGGAACCCUGGAGAACUGAAGUUCUGUUGCGUUCUGCUCUGGGCCCAGUCUUACAUUAAACAAGCUGCAGCGAGGUCUUGCUUGGACUGAGGGGGGGCGGAGAGAGGGGGGGCAGAGAGGUUUUUGGAGGAGCUGCCCUCGCCCCAUCCCUGUACAUGUAGAUUAUUUGUAGAUGUUAUUUCCAUGUUGUAAAUAUAUUUUGUAGAUGAAGCCAUGUCUAUCAAAACCAUGUCCAAACUAAUCAACACCAAGGCAGACUGGGAUCUCAAGUGCCCUCAUUGCCACCAUAUGUUGAACUCUUGACUGCAGAUUUUUAAGUGACAUGAUAAAAAAACAAAACAAACAAAAAAAUGCUCUUCAGAUAUACGAUCGGUGAACCAUUGCCUUGAGCAUGUACCAGACCUGCAUGGAAAAGGUGGACUAGUCGACCGGGACAUUUAAUGAGGACGAUGACGUACACACUCUUUGUCUUCUCACAACUGAGCACACGUAUCCACCGGUUCAUUUUUCUCUCUCUACAUAUGAAAAAUGGUAGUAAUGCUACAUGGUUAUUUGGUUAGUUUAUCUAUUUCUUUCUCUGGUUGCACUAUAAUGGUUUCAUUCCCUCACCCCAUGCCUUUUGAGGGGGUUUACAUCAUGUUUGUCCACAAUGGUUCAGUGGUCUCCUAUCUGCCCCUAAUGGCCUAGCGAUAUGCCCAUGGUCAACACUAGUGCCUGCUUACGUGAUGGAGUGAAUGUGAGCCAGAACGGAAAGGAGAGAAAGAGAAUCAUUCCUGCAGCUCAACUCAUGUUGUCCCCCUCCCUCACCUUCCUUAGCAGGAGAUGAAGACUGGUUGUUAUCCAGAAUCCCCUUUUUCUUUCUCUUAAUCUUUCCAGGUUACUUUUUUUUUUCUUUUCUGUACCCUUGUUUUGUUAAAAAAAAAAACUGUACUUUAAAAAAAGAAAAAGGAAAAAAUGAACAAGUUGCUGUGGCAACUUGUGUUAAAAACCAGAGUUCAUUCCUAUGUACAGUUGCUAAGUAAUGAAGUUAAAGUUUUAUUAAAGUUGCAGUGAUUACUAGUCUAUCAGAUAUGUUGUAUUCCUAAAUUAUUACCACACAUUUUCCUUUGCACCCUGAUUGGAUGGAAUGGGGGGGGGGAAAGUGCUACUGGAAAACAGGAAACUGAGGGUCAGCCAAGGACUGGACAACAUCAACCCUGUUACACCAGGGUGAGGGCAGGGUCACCUGGGGUCGGAAGGUCAAAUGUGAAAUGUAUGUAUUGUAAUAAACAUGCUAAACUAAAA